AUGACGUCAACAAUAGGAUGCGCGCGCAAGGCUAUGUUUACAUUUUCAGUUAAUUUCAUGUUGAAGAACGUAAGUCGCAUCGUUUAUUACCCACCAAAUUAUCACCAACAAAUAACAAAACCCUGAAACGAACAUUGUAUAGUCUUAGUAUCAUAAAUCUACAGUACAAGACAACAAAAGAUAAAUCAUAGAACAAAUGUUAGACUGUUGUGGCUUUAACGGAAAAUAAUGGCAACCCGUAGUGAAUCCAAGACAGUGGCUGUACAAACCAAUCAGAGUAUGGUGCCAGGGAAGAGUAUUCUGACUAAUCGAGAGCCUUAUCAUACCCCAGGAUAUUGUGGUUUCUGCCCUCAAUUCAAAUUCCAAAUCGGGGAGACUUUUGGUCGGACAACGACCCGACUAUUAAAGGACCCACACGUACCCAAAUCAGACAGGACUCUUCUGGCUAAUAUCAAACCAAUUUCACCAGGAUAUCCAGAUCGGAACACUCCAGCUGGGAAAGAACUUCUCUUCCAAUCUCGGAAGGCUAGCUUCGGGGACCAGAAAUUUACUGGCCAGAUGGUCCCGGGUUAUACAGGUUAUAUACCCAAAUCCCAGCAUUACUAUGGCAACCGUUAUGCUGAAGGAUGUCGAGAUGCUAUCGCUUCAUUUGAACAAGAUCAACAAGGAGAGAAGAAGAAAAAAAAUAACAUGAAAACAGUUCAACAGGUCCAGUCUGGAAAACUGAAGCCUUCAUCAUUACCAGAGGGAACAAAGGUUUGUCGCUCCUGCCCUCUACGUCAGCUACCAGACAACAAACCUGGUCGGUUCAAUAACGUUUCUACAAAUGAGAAACAUCAUUCUAUGUCACCUUAUUACAUGAAAGAUGACGACCCACAAAAAUGGUUCAUGUCUGGCUACACGGGUAACGUACCUAACGCAAGGGAUGUAAUUGGCGCCGGAUAUCCGGUCCUAACCAACCGAGCCCUAGUCAAAUUCACCAACGACCCGAAUCACCGCCUGGUCCCUCCUGAGGAGAAAUGUUGUAAGGCGGAUGCAACCGGUAAGGUACCGGUAGGUCCUCCGGUUCGUACCGGUCCUACCGCGGGUAAACUGCCCCCGAUGCAGGAAAAGAUAGUUGAUGAGAUGAGACGACUUUGUGGUCGGCAGCUUCCGGUCAUCUAUCCGAUUGAAUCCGGCUUGGUACCACAUUACACAGGACAUAUUCCAGGCCAAAAGUUCCGUUAUGGGACCACUUUCGGGCACAGCACACGGAAUGUAAAACGGGAACCCAACAAAACGUGCAGUCGAUCUUCUUAAAUAUUCACUUUUUCAAUCACUACCAUUCUUCAAAGGGAUUAAUUUAUUAAUUCACUUAAUUUCCUCAUGUUUCCAGUUUGUAAUAUAGAAUAUUUUAAUGUUUUA